AAAGAUUCCUACCAACAUUAUAAAUCUAUAAGAUUUAUUGUAUCACAUUAAGGAGGGUUCUUUUUGUUGUGUUUUAUUUUAAAUUUGAGCAUAUAAGCUCAACUUUUCGUUAUUAUAAUAAAUAUACCGUGUUCAACAUUAUUACUAUGGAAAAUAACUACCUUCAAAUAAAGGACUUGCGUCCUGGAUUAAAAAAUGUAAAUGUAGUGUUUAUAGUAUUAGAAAUCGGCCAUCCUACGUUAACGAAAGAAAACCGCGAAGUUCGAACUUUUAAAGUGGCUGAUCAAAGUGCUUGUAUAAAUGCUAGUAUUUGGGAUGAAGCUGGUCAAUUACUCGUUCCAGGUGAUAUAGUCAGAUUAACUAAAGGAUAUGUGUCUGUGUGGAGAAGCUGUCUAACAUUAUAUACUUCCAAAGGAGGGGACUUACAAAAAAUAGGGGAAUUUUGUAUGGUUUUCAAUGAACAAUUGAAUAUGAGUGAACCUAAUCAACUGCCCCCUGUACCUCAAAAUAGCUUACCUAUGAAUAAUGGUACAAAUAAUGUAGCUGGAAGAAUUAAUACUGGACCAUCGCAACCUCCUCCUACUACUACAACUGUUCCACAAAUUAUUCCUCCCCUACAGCAUAACAAUGUUGCAGGACAAGUAAAACCAUCAAAUAGUAGUAAUCCAGCACCACGCACCACUGGAAAUGGACCACCUCCUGACAAUCAAAAAAGGCAAAGGGGACAAAGAGGAGGACAACAUAGGACGAGACCAAAUAGAUCAUAAUAAAUUUCAGGUUUCGGAUGAGCAUUGUGAUAGGUUUCUAGAUCAUAAAACUGUAAUUUGUAAAUAAAGUAAAUAUAAGUAUUUUUUUACCUA